ACAUAAAUCUAUUUUUUUGUUUGAAGCUGACAAUUUUCAACAAAAUAAUCAUAAAAUUUAUUUACCAAAUGUAGUGAAUAGUGAUAUUAGGAUCUUCAAUCAUAUCGAAUCUGUAUCACAUACAGUGCAAGCGCAUAAAAACGGAGAAUGACGGAAACACGCCGUAAACAAUUGCACCUCGGGAAAUGCAUCGAAGAUCUGGACAAAUUACACAAUGUUCCAGAUUUGAAAACGAAACGGGCUAACCUGUCUUUGUUCAGGUUAUGCAAGACAGCACAGAAAUUGUUUGAAAGCGCCGAAGAAGCUCGGAAAAAUGGUGACGAGGAGUACUCCUACGUAUAUUACAUGAAAUAUUUGAGAGUCAUAGCCUAUCUGAGCAAAGAUAAGGAGUAUCUGAAGGAUAAGUCAUACUACAACAGCAUGCUGGGAGCUAAGAACCCUAACAAGGCUAUUGAUGCUGCUGAGAAACUAAAGAACAGUCUUAUAGACAGGUAUGCAAUGGAAUUGAAGCAGAAACGUCUAAACGACAUAAAAGAGAAUGAGAUAUUCAAACAAAAGAUUGAGGAGAACAGAAAGAAGGCCAUUGAGGUCUCCAUCAAUGAGCCGCCUUCGACACCUGUCAACUUACCAGGUCCUGAUGAGGUGACCAUCAAAAGCGAACAACUCUAUUCAAUCUUGAAGGCCGGCAAGUUGAAGGUCAUGAUCCUUGAUGCAAGACCUGGGAAAGAUUACUUAGAAUCUCACAUCAGCUACCCGGCUUGUAUCAGUGUGCCCGAAGAAUGCAUAUCACCUGGCAACAACAUCGAUCUCCCAUCAUCAGGUAUGUUGUCAGUCGUCGAAACAUUGGCCAAAAAGGGAAAAGCUGAAAUAAAGACUCAAAGAAAGGCUACUUAUAUGGACUUGGUCAGAUUACCAAGUUUGAGGAUUAAGAACUUGUGCUGCUGCGUCGUUUGGCUGGUGAUUGGGAUCAGCUUUUACGGCGGUACCCAAUACUUUGGACAGACCAGUAUAAAUACAUUCUUAUCUGUCGCUGUGGGAGGUCUGGUGCAGAUCCCUGGGCUACCACUGAGCGCGUAUUUCUCGAAAAGAUUUGGACGCCGUGUCGCCAUCAUUGGCAUGUUCGUGAUUAACUGCAUUUGUAACCUGCUAUUAGUUCUCCCUGACGCAUGGUUUUAUCUGAAGCUCGUGGCUGGUUCGAUAGCCAACGCUUGCGGAGCGGCUGCGUUUUCUGUAGUAUACGUGUACACUACAGAGCUGUUCCCAACGGUGGCUCGGAAUAUGGCCAUGGGCGCUUCAUCCACCACCACGCGAGCCGGCUCUAUGUUGGCACCAUUCUUUGGCGAGCUAAAUGUACUGGCUUCCUGGCUACCACCCAUUGUAUUCGGACUGUUUCCAGUACUAGGAAUCGUGGCCUGCUAUUUCCUUCCAGAGACGAAAGGGAAACAGCUAGACGAUCAUCUGGACGAAUCUUGAUCUAUUUAAGAUCACCAUUGAGAUUGACAAAUCUAUACAUAAGCGUAACAAACAUAUUUUCUUGUAUAUUAAACUAGCGACCCGCCCUUGCUUCGCUUCGGAAA